AUGACCAGACAAGAAGUUCUUGAGAUUCUGAUUACCAACUCAACCUACAACCCGCGGAUCUCACCAGACUACGAGCUGGAUCAUGCAACAACGGUCUAUGUCCAGAUAUAUGUGCUCAGCAUUGACACCGUCAACGAGCAGUCAAUGGACUACUCGAUGAACAUCUAUCUACGGCAGCGAUGGGUGGACCCGAGGUUGAGCUUCAGCAACUAUUCCAAAGCCAACAUGAUGGAGCUCGACGCCAAGAUUAUGUCUCAAGUCUGGGUACCCGAUACCUUCUUCAGGAAUGAGAAAAAAGGAGAGUUCCACAUCGUUACUGUGCCUAACAGAUUGAUGCACCUCUACAGGGAUGGAACCAUUUACUACAGCAUGAGAUUAUCCAUGCUGCUGUCGUGUCACAUGAGGUUGCAGAAAUACCCUCUGGACAUCCAGUCUUGUCCGAUCAAACUGGCCAGUU